AUGGAUAAGUCAGAAGAAAAUAUCUUGAAAGCACAAAUAUACCAUUAUUUCAAUGAGAAACUGUACACUCAUAUGCUAAACGCAGCAAAAGAAGGUGCAAGUAAGUUCAAAGGUGACGUUUCCCUUCAUCUUUACCAUUCUUUGGCUCUGAUUCUGAUAAAUCGUCUGGAAGAAAGUAUCCACGAUCUCGAAUCAAUCAGGAAUGAAAACGAUGUGAAAUUAGCUGUUACCAUAGCGCUCAUUUACACCCAUAAGAUGCUGGGAGUGGCUAAUAAGGAGCUAUACGUGAAACUAGAUGGGCAAAUGAAGGAGUACCGCAAAUCCUCAGAAGCUGUGGACUUUUAUCACUCUUCUUUCGUUCUUUUGUGCUUGGGAAAACCGGAAAAAGCUCUGGACUAUGCGGAGAAAGCUCUGUAUAUGAAAGACGCUUUCCCAGAGUGCCAGACCCUCAAAGGAUGGAUCUUGAUGCAGCUGAGCAACGGUAAGAAACCGUCUGAAAAUAUCAAAGAUUCAUUCCAAGCUGCUUUGCAACUACAACCGAGUAAUCUGUGGACUAUCAUUGGCCUAUCUCAGUGUUAUUUAUUCCAAAACGAUUUCGCUGAAUCUUUGAGCACGAUAAACAAAGCAGUCGUUAGAUUCAGCGGUACAGUGUUGCCGUUGGUUCAAAAAAUUCGUGUGCAUUUGUCUGCCUUUGAUUGGGACCAAGCCAUGGAGACCAUCCAGAGAGUGACUGCGAUAGAUCCAAAGAAUUUAUUCGUGCAGAAAUUGUACAUAGUGAUUCUGCUGUGUCGAUCAGAGAGAGAUAGUGAGACUACAAAGGAGGUGAGACGAUUUUUUGAAAAUCUGGAAUCGAAGGAAUCUGGUAAUAUUCAGCUGAUGAUCGAAAGUGCCCAAUUGUUUAGCAAGAUUUGUGGCAGGAAAGUUGAAGUUUUAUCUGAGAUUUGUAAAACUUUGGAGUCGGCGGUGCAAAACAAUCCGGAAAGUUCUGGUCUUAUUGUGGAGAUUGGCAAUCAGUGCCUGCUCAGGGGAAAGCCAAAAGAAGCUGCUAGGUAUUUCAAGAACGCCACUAAAAUCGACGAAACAUCCCUAGACGCUCUACUAGGAGUGUCACAAUGUGAAUUAGCAGAAAACGGAAUCACACCUCAAUUGCGCAACCAAAUCGACUUCCUGUUAGAAAUGAAAGGCGCUCAACAAUCCUCUCUACUUCAAUACCUACAAGCCAAAGUCUCUUCAGACUCAGAGGAGGCUCUGAAACAUCUGACGGCUAUAUGCCAGUCCAAACUGUCGCUGCUCAAAAACUACCCCUACUCUGAUCACUACCUGUUGACCCUCGAUCCUGAUUUCCUUCUGGAAGUGAUCAAGGAAGCUCUGCAACACAUCUCUCUAGCGAAAACGUCUUCCAGAAGUGCGAUUGAGGUUAUUUUUGAGACACUCAAUGUCAUAGUGAGAGUUAGCCCAGGGCUGUCGGAAGCAAUGUUUUUAUUGGCCAAGCUUCAGUACGUCAAAGGGGAUAGCACGAGUGCUUUGAGCUGUUUGGAGGAGCUCUUGGGACGGGACCUGAGCGCUCAGACUGAGGCUCAAUUGCUUCUGGCCCAGAUUCAGGUGCAGCAGGGGUUGUUCGACCGAGCUACUCAAAGUUUGGAGAUGUGUGUCAGCCAAAACUUCAAAGUGCGAGAGAACCCCAUCUACCAUUACAUAACCGGGUUGGUGGACAAAAACAGUUCAAAUUUUCCCGACGCUAUCAGAGCCUUGUCCACAGCGUUGAGUUUGGUGAACAUAAAAUCCGAGGUGAAAUCCAAAGAUGGCGCAGAAAACAGUGUCACUUUGGUGGAGAAGGCUUCCAUUUAUGUGGAGUUGAUUGACACUCUGAAUAUCGUCGGCCAGACUGACGAGGCCGUUAAAGUACUUGAAGAUGCGACUGAGGAGUUGAGAGGUACUCCCGAAGAAGCCAGAAUUCUACUGCUGAGUGCAGACCACUCUCUCACCAGAAAUAACAUACAGGGUGCUAUUGAUCUUUUGAGCCGCAUAAAACCGACGGAUUCUUGUUACUUGGAAGCGAAAUCGAAGGAAGCGGAGAUUUUACUGAAAUACAGAAAAGACAAAUAUGCCUUCUUGCAAUAUUAUCAAGAUUUCGUCAAAGAAAAUCCUUCCUCGGAGUAUUAUGUGAUGCUUGGUGAUGCUUAUAUGAAAGUUUUGGAACCAGACGAAGCACUUCAAUGUUACGAAAAGGCAUUGAAAGACAGCCCCAAAGACGCCUUCCUAACCUCAAAAAUGGGCAAGGCCUUAGUGGAAAGUCACUACUUCUCUCGGGCAGUCACUUAUUACAAGGAAACCAUCGAUUUGACUAAUGACGUAGAACUGAAAUUGCAACUGGCCGAACUUUACAUGAAUCUUAAAGAUUACGAAAAGGGCGAAUUGAUUUUGCUGAACGAAAUGGAAGAGGAGAAACUGCACGAUUUGGAGGAUCUCACUUAUUUGAGGGGCAAAACGAGGCUGUUGAGCCUUUUGGCUCAGAUCCAAGAGAAGUCCGGUAAUGUGACGUACGCCAUGAGGAGCUUGAAGGACGCUUUGAGUACUCAGAACCGGAUCAAAAAAAGAGUUGAGCUAGAAAGUGGGUCAGCAGAAGAAGAGACACAAGUUUUGGUCGAUAUAUGUGUGAAGUUGGGUGAGAUGGCGAUAGUUCUAAAAAAUAACGAACAAGCAAUCAGUUUUUACAAGGAAGGCCUACAAGUAUCGCCUGACAAUAAAACUAUCUUAGUAGCGUUGGCGAAAUUGUAUAUGCAAAUCAACUAUUUGGAAUUAUGUCAAAAAACAUGCUCCACUAUAUUGAAAAUCGAUCCAGAAAAUGAAAGUGCAUCUGUUAUGAUGGCAGAUAUAGCUUUCAGGAAGGUAAGACUU